AUGGUGUGGGAACAGUACAGCAUAGUGAGCAUAUCGAAUCGUGUGCUUAGAUCGAUAAAAAGAUCGAAAACGAUCCCAAACAAGGCGCAUCGUGGGCGUGGUGGUAGUGAUGUGCAAGAAAACGUUCAACAAACAUCGGUAAUACCGCCGGCUGCCUUGCCCAAGGUAGCCAUCUUUACCGUGGACGAUGAAACAGCAGAACACAGUUGGACUUCCAUUGAUCUCGAGUCGGGUUACGAUGAUCAUGCAGCCGACAAUCACCUGACCAGGGAUCCCCUGCCACGGUUGGAGCAUUAUCGUACCUCACAAAAAGCAAUCCGCCGACCGUCGAUCGGUGAACUGCACGGUGAUCUCGAUGAACAGGACUCGGAUGCGAACCAUAAACGUGACCCAUUCCCAACAGGUGCCGACCCUCACGUACGGUUAGGUUGGAUUCAAGGUGUGCUGAUACCGUGUCUACUAAACAUCUGGGGCGUUAUGCUUUUUCUGCGCCUGAGCUGGAUUGUAUCGCUCGCAGGCAUUCUUGAGACGCUGUUCAUAAUCGGCCUUUCCUAUCUGGUGUGUGUGAUAACAACCCUCUCACUGUCCGCCAUGUGUACGAACGGACAGGUAAAGGGCGGAGGCAUCUACUACCUCAUAUCACGCUCACUCGGACCAGAGUUUGGUGGUGCGGUCGGUAUAGUGCUUGCCUUUGCCAACUCCGUUUCGGCAUCGAUGAACACGAUCGGUUUCUGUAGCUCACUCAAUCAGCUGCUCGGAAGCUUUGGUGUGAAGAUUGUGGAUGGUGGUAUGAAUGAUAUGCGGAUCGUCGGUUCGGUAACAAUCCUGAUCAUGGUUAUCAUCUGUACGGUCGGUAUGGACUGGGAAACGAAGGCCCAGAAUGUGCUCGUAGUGGUCAUUUCCGUUGCUAUCGGUGGGUUCAUUUUGGGGGUAUUUCUAGGUCCUCGAACGGACAGUGAUCGGGGUAAAGGAUUUACCGGACUAUCUAGUGAACGGUUCGUGGACAAUCUUGGUCCAGACUAUCGGUUUAGUGAAGGUAUCGAACAGGAUUUCUUUAGUGUGUUUGGGAUAUUCUUCCCAAGUGUGACGGGAGUUCAGGCGGGUGCAAACAUUUGUGGCGAGUUAAAGGAUCCGGGUACGGCCAUACCGAAGGGAACACUACUGGCGCUUCUCAUUUCUGGCCUAUCGUACGUUGCCUUUGUGUUGUUGGCUGGUUCGGCAAGCUAUCGUGAUGCGUCGGGUAAUCUGAUGGACCUUGUAAAUGGAACGUUUGCCACCUGUCAGCGGGAACCGUGCAAAUAUGGGCUGCACAAUGACUACAACAUUAUGCAGCUGAUGGCAGUUUCGGGAGCGAUUAUCUAUGCCGGUUGCUUUGCCGCUACACUCUCGACGGCGCUGACGAAUCUGUUAUCGGUUCCGCGCAUCAUUCAAGCACUGGGAAUCGAUCGGCUCUACCCAGGACUCAUGUUCUUCGCAAAGGGUUACGGUAAACGCAACGAACCGUAUCGAAGCUACGCGCUGGUACUCUGUGUAUCGGUGCUGUUUGUGCUGUUGGCGAACCUUAAUCUUGUAGCACCACUCAUCACCAACUUCUACCUAGCAUCGUACGCACUCAUCAACUUCUGCACGUUUCAUGCGGCCACCGUCAAACCGAUCGGUUGGCGACCUACCUUCCGUUUCUACAACCAGUGGGUCAGUCUGUUCGGUACCGUACUGUGCGUGCUGAUCAUGUUCCUGGUCGAUAUUAUCUCGACCGGCGUCACGAUGGUGCUUAUCUUCGUGCUCCAUUUAGCCGUCAUAUAUCGCAAACCGGAUGUUAACUGGGGAUCAACGACUCAAGCGCAAAGUUACAAGAGUGCUCUCUCGGCCGCACUCAAGCUGCAGUGCGUUGGUGAUCACGUCAAGAACUAUCAUCCAUCGGUGUUGGUACUCACCGGGAAACCGGCCCACCGUCCCGCACUUCUCGAUCUGGCACAUCAGAUAACGAAGAACCAAGCGUUGCUUAUAGUGGGCGAUGUAGUGCGUGAUCGGUUGUCUCAUCGUAAGCGUGAACUUCGGCUGAACGAUAGCCGUAGCUUUAUGGAGCAGCGCAAGGUACAGGGAUUCUACGAGCUGAUCGAUGGUAUCGGGUUGGAGAAAGGGGUGCGUGCGCUGAUACAGACAUGCGGCGUUGGGAAACUGUCGCCCAACAUCGUGCUGGUGGGCUACAAAGCCGACUGGAUGCGGUGUUCCGUGCAGGAGCUUCAAACGUACUACAAUUUGUUGAAUGAUGUGUUCGACAAUCGGAUGUCUUUAGCCAUCUUGCGCCUUCCAAAUGGACUCGAUUAUUCCCAUCUGUCCUCGGAUCUAACAUCCGACGCUAGCUUUGGAACGAUCACCAACGUUUCCUUAUCAAGCCUGAAACAAAUUAUUGACCCUACUCCAACAGCUCACAAGCUCAUGUACGUCGAUUCGAACCUAGGACUUCAAAACACGAAAAAGGGCGCACGGAAAGGUGAUCAAAUGAAGGAAAGUCCUUCAAACACAAGCCGCGACAGUAUUGCUUGCUCAACACGCAAUGGAUCCUGCCUGCCGUUGGAGCUUCACGACCAUUCGAACGUGUUUCACCACAAACAACCGAAAGGCACGAUCGAUGUCUGGUGGUUGUACGACGACGGUGGACUUACGAUGCUCAUUCCGUACAUCCUAUCGUUGCGCGCCAAAUGGGCCAACUGUAAGGUGCGCGUGUUUGCUCUCACCAACCAGCAGAAGGAAUUAGACAUGGCCCAUCUCCUAGCGAAACUACGGAUCGAUUACUCCUCGCUGAUCAUGCUACAAGACGUCACUAAACCACCACACACGGAUACGGUCACGUUGCACCAGCAGCUACUCAAAAGCUUCGAACACAUGCCGACUCAGCUGACUCCACCCGAGCUAAGUUCACCGGAGCGGAUUGCCCUUGCAGAGAAAACCCACCGACAGUUGCGCCUGCGGGAAAUGCUUCUAGAGCACUCGCCCGACGCAAGACUAAUCGUGAUGUCUAUGCCGAUGCCUCGAAUGGGCACUGUAUCAGCACCUCUGUAUAUGUCCUGGCUGGAGAUGCUCUCGAAGGAUAUGCCACCGAUGUUGCUCGUGCGGGGCAAUCAAACGUCCGUUUUGACUUUCUAUUCUUAA